AUGAAGAUGGCAAACGUGGCCUUCAUGCGGGGACAGCUGGACAACGCAGAAAAGCUCUACAAAGCAAGUAUGAGCUAUUUGCUUGCAGGGGACACAAAGGAGGAUGACAAUGCAAUCCUUGAGAUGUCCCUCAAGCUGGCCAGUAUCUAUGCUGCUCAGAAACAGCACAAGUUAGCCCUGGCUGGCUAUGAGUUCUGCAUCCUGACCUUAGAGGAGAAGAUUGCUAAGCAAAAGGACUUGCCUGAGGAUGUCUUACCAGCUGAAGAAAAGGCCAACACCCGUCUCUUGCUUGGGAUGAGCCUAGACUCCUAUGCUCGCUAUCUCCUAAACAUUAAUCAGCUCCCAGUGGCCCAAAAAAUGUAUGAGAAGGCUCUGCAGAUAUCAAAUGAUGUUCAGGGAGAGACUCAUCCACAGACUGUGGUCCUGAUGAAUGACUUGGCAACUGUACUGGAUGCGCAGGGGCACUACGAUGAGGCAUACUCCUACGUGAAGAGGGCAGCUGAGCUGGCAAAGGAGACUCAACACCCUGAGGAACACAUGGUGCUGAAUAACCUGGCAGCAAUUCUAAUGCAUAAAGAAGACUUUCUGCAAGCAAAACAAGUGUACAAAGAAGCUCUCAAGCAGGCACAACAGAAGGGAGAUGUUGCCUCUGUCCAGCAUAUCCAGGAAGAACUAGCUGAGCUAGCCAAGAGGAAAAAGGGCUCCAAAUGAGUUUGGCCAGAGUUCAACCUUGAGGUGGCUGACAGCAGCAAGGGUUGGUCAGUACAAGCAGCCUGGGACCAGCCUGGUGCAAUUCUCCAUGGGCACAGCUAUGAGGAGUUUAAGGACUGCUUAAGAAGGGCUGCUAUUGCCUAACAAUUGAGCCCAAAAUAAAGUUGUGAAAUUUUAA